CUCGGCAGCAACCGCUUAAUUCCACCGUCCAUUUCAAACCAGACCAGCGGAGCGGCCGCGGCGGCGGCGGCGAGGCGGCCGGGGGAGGAGGACGCACGCGCCAGCGGAUGGCGGAGGCGGCGCCGCUGCUCUUCUCUCUCUCCGCGGCCGCCGUGGUGGAGGACGUGCUGCGGCAGCACGGGUGCCGCCUCAGUGACCGCGACCUCGCCUCCCGCAGGGCGGAGGAAGCCGCGGCGAGGCGGAACGAGGCGGCGGGGUGGCUGCGCCGCACGGUGGGGGCGGUGGCCGCCCGCGACCUGCCUGAGGAGCCGUCGGAGGAGGAGUUCCGGCUCGGCCUCCGCAACGGCCAGAUCCUCUGCGGCGCGCUCAACAGGGUCCACCCGGGCGCCGUCCCCAAGGUGGUGGUGAACACAGCUGACUCCGUGCUGCAGCCUGACGGCGCGGCGCUGUCGGCGUUCCAGUACUUCGAGAACGUGCGCAACUUCCUCGUGGCGGCGCAGGAGAUCGGCCUGCCGUGUUUCGAGGCCUCCGAUUUGGAGCAGGGAGGGAAGAGCGCCAGGGUGGUGAACUGUGUGUUGGCAUUGAAGUCGUACGGUGACUGGAAACAGUGUGGUGGCACCGGGCCAUGGAAAUACGGGGGAAAUUUGAAACCGUCGGCUUCCGGCAAGUCAUUCGUGAGGAAGAACUCCGAGCCAUUCCGGAGGAGCCAAUCGAUGAACGAGGGCGAGAUGCCUUACGAGGAGGCUGGAUUCAGCGGUGAUUAUCAUCUUGAUAACGGUGACACGUCGACGUCACGUCCCCUGAAAAUGCUAGUUAGUGCAGUUUUGUCCGACAAGAGGCCAGACGAAGUUCCACAGCUCUUGGAAUCCAUGCUGAGUAAACUCGUCGAGGAAUUCGAGAAUCGAUUGAAUAGCCAACACGAAUUGGUGAAAGCGGCUCUAAAAAAUGGCAUAGAUGGUACCAAAUCAUUCUCGAAAUCAAAGGUUCUGGUUGAGGUCACCCCUAAUUCUAAUGAGAAAAAGAUGGAUGCGAUAGAAGUUUACUCCAAACAUAGACAAAUAAAAAAAGAAACAUAUGGAGAAGUUACACUGAAGCAACAUUCAAUGCUCCAACAACAGUCAAAGCAUGUUGAGGAGCUCAAGGCUGGUAUUAGAGCUACAAAAGCUGGUAUGGAGUUUAUGCAAAUGAAGUACUCUGAGGACAUCAACAUAUUAGGAAGGCAUCUGUUUAGCCUUGCACAUGCUGCCUCAGGUUAUCAUAAAGUUCUUGAAGAAAAUCGCAAGCUGUACAACCAGGUGCAAGACCUUAAAGGGAGUAUCAGGGUGUAUUGUAGAGUACGACCCUUUUUGCCUGGACAGGUAAGUUCUUGUUCUGUGGGUUCAAUUGAUGAUGGCAAUAUAACCAUCAUCACUCCUUCCAAGUCUGGAAAGGAAGGCCGAAAAACUUUUAGCUUCAAUAAGGUUUUCGGCCCAGCAGCAACACAAGAUGAGGUGUUCUUAGAUACCCAGCCCCUUAUUCGCUCAGUACUUGAUGGAUACAACGUUUGUAUCUUUGCUUAUGGUCAAACCGGAUCAGGGAAGACAUACACAAUGAGUGGGCCCAAGAACAUGACCGAGCAAACCCAAGGUGUAAAUUAUCGGGCACUUAGUGACCUAUUUAAGCUUGCUGAACAAAGGAAAGGAGUGUUCAUUUAUGACAUUGCUGUGCAAAUGAUAGAGAUUUAUAACGAGCAAGUCAGGGACCUCCUUGUCAAUGAUGGUCUGAACAAAAGACUAGAGAUUCGAAAUAAUUCUCAGAAUGGACUUAAUGUGCCGGAUGCAAGUCUUGUCCGAGUCGCGUCAACAAUGGAUGUGAUGGAAUUGAUGAAUGUUGGGCAGAAGAACCGCGCAGUUGGUGCCACUGCGCUAAAUGACCGGAGCAGUCGUUCCCACAGUUGUUUAACGGUACAUGUUCAAGGAAGAGAUUUGACAUCAGGGACCAUUCUUCGUGGUUGCAUGCACUUAGUCGAUCUUGCAGGCAGUGAACGGGUUGAUAAGUCAGAGGUCACUGGAGAAAGGUUAAAAGAAGCACAACAUAUAAACAAAUCAUUGUCAGCUUUAGGGGAUGUGAUUUCUUCACUUGCCCAAAAGAAUGCACAUGUGCCUUACAGGAAUAGUAAAUUAACACAACUUCUGCAAGAUUCUCUUGGAGGUCAGGCCAAAACCUUGAUGUUUGUUCAUAUAAGCCCAGAGAGUGAUGCUUUAGGAGAAAGCAUAAGCACCUUGAAGUUUGCCGAGCGUGUAUCUACUGUUGAACUUGGUGCUGCACGGUUGAAUAAAGAGUCUGGAGAAGUUAAAGAACUUAAGGAGCAGAUUGCUCGACUCAAAUCAUCAUUAGCAAUGAAAGAUUCAGGAUCAGAGCAAAACAUUAACCGUGACCCUGAGGCAUUUAACAUGAAGAUGCCUUCACCUGGUUUUUCAAAUAGGCGGCAGGAUAGUUGUGAGUUGUUGUCUACCCAAACUAACUUCAGACAACCAAUGGAGGACGUUGGAAACAUAGAGGUUAGGGCCAAUCCUACAUUAAGACAAAAGAAACCAAGCUUUGAUCUCCAGGAUUUAUUAGCAUCAAAUGAUUCACCAUCAUGGCCAGAUAGCAUUUCAAGGGCAAAUUUUCAGAUGGGAGAAGAAAGGGAGACAAUUGGCGGGGAAUGGAUCGAUAAGGUUGUAGUGAACAACAAUAACUCAGUCGGUGAUUGGGAAGGAGACAGUGCAGCUUUACCUGACUUCUUUUACCAAAGGUAUCAUUCAGGUACGAGAGAUAAGCAAUACCAGAGAAAUAACUCAAGAACAAAAGAAGACAAUGAGUUUGAUCAGCAAAGACCAAGAUUUUACUCCACAAAUACUGAUGAUUCUGAUGACAUUGACAUUGCAACAAGUGAUUCCUCAGAAUCAGAUGCACUAUGGCAGUUCAAUGUCCAAAGCAUCAAUAGUUCGAUUAGUGAGAAUGGUUCCAAGAUCAAGAAACCACAAACGAAGUUAAGAGAGAACACAAAUACCAGGACACCACUUCAUUCUCAAAUACCAUCUGCAUCAAGAAAAACAUCCAUUGGAAACAGGUCUGGACGGCAACUUUUAAGCGGUAGCGAUAGCAGAAGGCUCUCAUCAAAUGGUAGACAUGCUGGUACAAAGUAGAGACUACUUUAAUAAUCAUGUGCAUUUUUUUUCUUGGCUUUCUUUUAGUGUUUGUCAUGAGAGAUUGCGAGAGGUUUUUCUCGAGUACAGCAAUGAGUGACAAUAAACCCAAUUGAUUGUCUCAGUGUGGUGAGUUGUGAUCUCAACAACUGGUGUGUGAGGCCAUUAACCCUUUUUUUUUUUAAUUUGGCCUAUCAGGCUAUGUUGAGUUCUUGCUAAUUCUUUGUGUAUUGUUCAUAAUAUAUAUAUAAUGAAAAGAAAAGAAAGGAAAUUGGUUGAUCAAAA